GGACUGGGUUGAGAAGGUGGGAAGAGUCAGACUGGCUUAGAUUUGGAUUUGGAUUUAGAAAGUGGAUUCGGUCCUGGGUUGGACUGGGUCCGACUUAAGCUGGGAUUGAGUCACAUGUGAGGCCUAAGUUUCUGGUGACCAGGAUGAGACACUCUCAGAUUCCACUUAUUCCAGAGCCUGCAGGCAGCAUCCUGGGAAAACUGGCAGAAGCCAGCAAAGGAAUCUGCUGUGACUGUGCUCUCUGGAGCUCUGUUUCUAGCUGUGCUCUGACAAAGGGCUUGUUCUGUGCAGCAAUCUCAUCCUCUGCUCAGCCUCUGGCUUCAACCACUGAAUCUCAGACAUUCUCCAGCUGGGAAUCAGACAGAGGCAAAGAUGGAGGACCCAAAGGCCCAGCAGGACGUUUCCGUUUGGCAGGGAAUUCGCAUGAUGUUUUACGUGAUGAAGCCCAAUGAAACAAUAUUCCAAACCAUGGAAGAGGUGCCUGAUUAUGUAAAAAAGGCAACUCCAUUUUUCAUUUCCUUGAUGCUUCUUGAACUCGUUGUCAGCUGGAUUCAUAAAGGGAAGCCGCCAGGCCGUUUGGAUGAUGCAUUAACGUCAAUAUCAGCUGGUGUUCUGUCUCGGCUUCCAAGAUUGUUUUCCAGAAGCAUUGAACUGACCAGUUACAUUUAUAUCUGGGAGAACUACAGGCUCAUUAGUUUGCCUUGGGAUUCUCCAUGGACUUGGUAUUUGACCUUCUUAGGAGUUGAUUUCGGCUACUACUGGUUCCAUCGCAUGGCCCAUGAGGUUAAUAUUAUGUGGGCUGGACACCAAACACACCACAGUUCUGAAGACUAUAACUUGUCCACAGCACUGAGACAGUCUGUCAUCCAAAUAUAUACUUCCUGGAUAUUCUACUCUCCUCUGGCCCUCUUCAUACCACCUUCAGUAUAUGCUGUUCAUCUUCAGUUCAAUCUCCUCUACCAAUUUUGGAUCCACACAGAGGUCAUCAAUAACCUUGGUCCUCUGGAACUGAUUCUUAAUACUCCCAGCCAUCAUAGAGUUCAUCAUGGCAGAAACCGUUAUUGCAUAGACAAAAAUUAUGCCGGCACUCUCAUUAUAUGGGAUAGAAUUUUUGGGACAUUCCAGGCAGAGAAUGAAAAAAUUGUAUAUGGUCUUACACAUCCCAUUAAUACGUUUGAACCAUUUAAGGUGCAGUUUCACCAUUUAGUUUACAUAUGGACUACAUUCUGGGCCACACCAGGAUUCUUCAAUAAAUUUUCUGUCAUAUUUAAAGGACCAGGAUGGGGUCCAGGUAAACCGAGACUUGGACUGAGUGAAGAAAUCCCAGAGGUCACAGGGAAGGAAGUUCCUUUCUCAUCAUCGACGUCUCAGCUAUUAAGGAUGUAUGCCGCUGUACAGUUUGCUUUGAUGCUGGUAUUUUAUGAAGAGACCUUUGCAGAUAAAGAUGUAUUAUCACAGGCCACUCUUCUUCUGAGGGUUUGCUUCAUUAUCCUGACCUUGACCUCUAUUGGAUUUCUUCUGGAUCAAAGACCUAAGGCAUCUGUUUUGGAAACUUCCCGUUGCUUGGUGUUCCUAAUGCUGUGCAGACUCGGUCAUCUGAAGCCUUUCAUCCCUGCCUUGUCAUUUGCUUUUGAGAUACUUUUUUCCAUCUGCAUUGCUUUCUGGGGAGUAAGAAGUAUGAAAGAACUUGUCUCUGGCUCUUGGAAGUAAUUUGCUCAUACACAAAUCUCUUGUUUUAAUCUGUUGUCCAUACAAUAUAUUACUACUGCUUAUGGAAGUAUAAUUAUCUUAUAUAAUGAUUAUAUUUCUUUAGUGAAAGGUAAAUAUACCUAUUACUCUUAUCACUUUCCACAUUUAUUAUUUUCUAUUAAAAUUAAAUUCACUGCAGUGACUUUAUUACUAGAGUUGAAAGCAAAUGGUUUCAAAUAUUAUGAUGUUACAUCCACUGUAGCACUUAAACCAGUGAGUAUGAGAAAAGGGAUGGAGAAAAUUUUUUUUAAGUGAAAAGAAUGAAGAUUUCAUUUGCAUUGAUUUUAUAAGAAUUUUUCCCUGCUGUUUGUUAGAUUGUGCUUAGAUACAUAUAUAUUUGCCAUCAUAAAAACAUAUUACAUUAGUUGUUUGCCUAAGGCUAUAUUUACCUUUGAAAACCACAUACCUAAAGGGCUACAUUAUAGAGAAAGAUAUCACUGAAAUGAAAACAAAUAUAAUUUGUCAGAAUUAAUAUAAUCAACAGAUUAAUUUGUGGUGCAUAUGUCAAUAUGUUUGCUCAGUUUGUUUCAGCAGGUGGAGGAGCAUGCAUCACAGGUGUCCCCCGCUUUCCAAAAGUUCACCUUAUGCCACUUUGCUUCCUUUUUCCAAAAUUUCUUAGACUUAAAAUUACAAGUUAAACAAUGGAAGUUAUAUGCACUAAAAUAAUUAAUGCCAUCCUUCAUUGAGCUUUGCCUAUAUUCAUCACAAGAUUAAAGACAAUGAUGUUAAUUAACCUCAUUUAAAAAAUAUGUUUUUUAGGCUUUGAAUAGAGAAGACUGUGGAACUAUUAUGUCCGACAACAGGAGUCUAUGUGGACUCCUCAUACAGAAUUGAAGUACAUUUAUUUUUCAAACUGGGAAAGCAGAUGAAGAUUAAAUUUUAUAUGAUGGAAAAAUUAAAUUAUAUCUCAAGCCUUAAGAAAUAGGGACUUGGCUUUCCUUCAGUCAUGUUUUUAAACUUCUUAAUUUAACACAGAGUUAGAGCAAAUACUUAAGCCCACAACAAAUAUUAAGCCCUACUUUUGUUCUCUUACCAACAUAUCAUGCCAGGCUGCAUAUAUAGAAUCAUGUUAAAGUAAGGAGCCCUCUCCUGGCUUGAAAUUAUUAAACUUACAACAUAAAAAUUCUGAAAAUCUAUAGUCUACAUAUUCAAGACACUUUAGGUUUUAUCCUUUAGGAAUGGCAAAGAAAAGAUUCAUAAAUCUUAAGUAGAUUUUUAGUAUGUCCAAAUAGUUUAAUAGUUUCCCCAGGAGUCAUGUGUGAAUAUGUAUAUAUGUUUGCACAAAUGUGAAUUUAUAGGAGUGGCCUAAAAAUGAGUUUACUGGUGGAAAUAAAUAAUUCAAAAGUGACAAUAGAUAUUUUACAAUGAAGUACUGUUUUGUCAAAUUUAUCCAUUAUUUCUUUUUGUCUCUCAGCUACCCUCACUAUGAUUAUAAAUGGUUUUCUUUUAGAAAUGCAGACAUUUUCAAGCUGCACAUUUCCAGGCCUUUGGCAGCAGAAGUGAUUCCCAGAUAGGUAGUUUUCCCAGGGCCUGUGUGUGUUAACCAGGGCACUUUAUUCUUCACCUGCAACCCUGCUAAUUUUCAAACCCAGUUUUCUCUUGCAGAGCACUAAUGCAUGGUGACAGAUCAUAUAACUAUUAUUAAUGUUGUAAACUGAUCUUGAGUGAUGCCAUGUAAUUUAUGCUUACUCUUGACUGGAAGCACUUUAGCUCUCUCUCCCUUUCAUUCUCUCAAGAGGAAAAGCAUUAAAAAUACGACUCAUCAGCUACUCAUCGCUUUGUAUGGAGAGAUGCAAACUGACUUCACAAUUAACUGUGAAGAUUCUCAGGUUUGCUAAUCUACCAUAAAGAAGGAUUGAGACAGGGAAGGCACAUUUGUCUGUGGUAUCAGUUAGCAUUAUUUCACUUAAUCUCCAAAAUCCUAGGAAUUAACAUUGGAAACACCUUUUUACAGAGGAGAAUUCUGAGGCUGAGAGAGACUUAAAAACUUGCUCAGGCCUAUGAUGCAUAAUUGGUGGGCAAAAAACAAUUAAACCUCUGAAGUCUGAUGUCAAAGUCCAUGAUGUUUCUCCAUUCCAUGAUAUCAAAACAGGCUUGGGAGUUUUAGUUCAGAAUAUUUCCUAUUUAGUUUGAUGUUCCAAGGUCCAAAAUAAAAUUCAAAGUA